AUGCCGACUCCCGUGCGUGUCGCUCUCAGUACCUACGGGAAGAAAACUAUUCGCUCCGACCCCAGCAUCUACAUGAAACUAAGCCAGGGGGCACCUCAACGAGACUGGCGGCGCACGAAGAAUACAGGUCCGUUUGAAAUAGAGGUGUUUGUACUUGCAGCUCGAAAACCUAAAAGCAACUUAGCUGGGACCCGACGCGCGACCGCCCCACGCAUACAAGAGGCAGCACGAACGAUCGACAGCUUCCUGGAGCAGCGCUCCGACCUCCAACCGGAAGGAACCGAGCUCACGGUGCCCGAGACGGCAACAUUUGCCCAAGCCCAGCAUAUAGACGCUAUGCGCGAGCAGGAAACCGCUCUGGAAGAGCCUACUCACCAAACUAUCUCGGUUCGCUUUAACGGGUCUACUGAGAUGCCGCUAACGAUCGAAGUCGCUGAGCUGCGCCGCGUGUUGGCGCUUCCGAGCCACAAUUUACUUGCCAGCGGGGUCUUCUCGUCAUUUGAGCCACCUGCGGAGCCUGAGGAAGACGUCUCGGACGACGAACACAAGAGCGACUAA